GUGAUUGACCCCAUGUAUUUAUCUAAAAUAUUCAUUAUUCAUUUUAAUAUUGGUCAUUACUACUUCCGGAAAUCAGUACAAAAUCACCGUAUUAUUCAUAUUUCGAGCGAAAAAGAUAUAUAUUAUUUUUUUUCACCAAAAAUCGUAUAAAAGCUUGAAACCAGAGUCAUUAUUUUAUUCAGACUUGACAAGACUUUCAUUGACUAGACUUGAAUAGACUAACAUUGUUGUUUUUUUCCCGUUUACAAUUUUAUUACCAAAAUUCACGAUGUUUUGGUUGAUUCUUUCUGUUUGUUUAUUAUCAAACACCGCACUAGCCGCAAAUGUUGGUGAUUUGAAUCCAAGCACCGAUUGCAAGACGCUUCUGGCUGAAAAAUCUAGCGAACGAGAGAAAAAUCCCGAUUUGGCUAACCAACUCACUGCUAACGAUGGAAUGGAUUUUACAAAAGCGGCAUCGAUUUAUGAUUUCACUCCAAAAGAUACAUUCCUUAAUGAUAUUGCACUGGGUGACUUGUGUAGUGGUUUUGUGACAAUCAUUGUAAAUAUCGCAUCGGGCUGUGGAUUCACACCAGUGAAUUAUGAACAAUUGACGCAAUUAAAUAAAGACUACAGCGACAGGCUACGGAUCUUGGCGUUUCCAUGCAAUCAAUUUGCCAGCACUAUGCCUGAGGGUGAUGGCGAUGAAAUGCUUUGCCAUUUGAAAGAACGCAACGCUGAUAUUGGAACCAUUUUUGCAAAAGUCAAUGUAAACGGAGUUUCCGCCAUUCCAUUGUAUAAAUACCUAGAAGGACAAAUGAGCGGAGUAAAUGGCUCCGAUGUUGAAUGGAACUUUGCGAAAUUUUUAAUCGAUAAAAGAGGUAAAGUGGUCAAACGCUAUGAACCCACUACAGAACCAAUGGAAAUGCUAGAUGACAUCAAGGCUUUGUUUUGAAAUUCAAUUUCGGUCACUAAAAUAUCAAUCGCUUAUUAUUAAUUUGGUGUCAGAUCACUUAGUAGCGGGAUUUUCUAUAAGAAAAUACACAUUGAUUUAAACUUUUGAAAGA